AUGGAAAACGAAGACAUGGAUACGCAAAAGAGGAUUCGAUUUGCUUCAACAAUUAGUAGUAUGUAUGAUGUGCAGACUCAAAUGAUUGUGAUGAUUCAAGAUAUACAGAAAAAGAUUGGAAAGUCAUUGGGAUUUGAUAGUCAUACGGAAAAUGACACUAAAUGGAUUGAU